AUGAAUAUUCCUCUCAAUGGCCAAGGUGACAGUCGAGUCGGUUCCGCCCGCGACAAUUCGACGGGCGGAACCAUCAGCAAACUGCAGCCGAGCGACUCCGACUCCAACUCGUUAAUGUCCCUCGUCAGCACCCUCGUGCCCGUGCUCAUCUAUACCGCCGUCUGCCUGCUCAUCUUCUGGGCCCUGCGCCGACGCAGCCAGCGCGUCUACUCGCCUCGCACCAUUCUCAAAGACUUCUUCUCACAGCAUGUCGUCCCAUCCCCCCCAGAACUAUCCGCGCCGCUACCUGAAGGAUGGUUGGACUGGCUGAGGCCGUUCUGGUCCACCUCGGACAUCGAGAUCCUCAACCGCUCUUCCUUGGACGCCUAUCUCUUUCUCCGUUACUUAAAGGUCCUCAGCAUCAUCUGCUUCAUCGGCUGCUGCAUCACCUGGCCGACCUUGAUGUCAAUCCACGCCAACGGCACCGGCGGGCUGUCGCAGCUGGAUCGCAUCACCAUCGGUAAUGUGCAGAACCCGCGCAUCUUCUUCGCCCAUGCCAUCGUUGCGUGGAUCUUCUUUGGAUUCAUCCUCUUCACCAUCUACCGUGAAUGCAUAUACUACAUCAACCUCCGCCACGCCUACCUCUUGUCGCCGUACUACUCCAAGCGCCUCUCGUCCCGCACCGUCAUGUUCAGCUGCGUCCCGCCCAGGUUCCAGGACGCCGCGCGCCUGCGGAAACUCUUCGGCGACACCGUCAAGAACGUCUGGAUCCCGCGCGACACGAGCGACCUCGAGAGGCUCGUCAAGGAGCGUGACGAGACGGCCCUGCGCCUCGAAAAGGCCGAGAUCCGCCUCAUCAAGCUGGCCAACAGGCGGCGGAACAAGCAGCUCAAGGCCGUCGCCGCCGCCGCCGCGAAACCGGAGCCCGUCUCCGCCCCGCCCUCGGGCGCCGCCUCCGAGCGCUCGGACGACCCGGAGAAGGCCCAUCCGUACCUCGACAGCACCGCCCUCCCGGACGUCAACGGUUCCGUUGCCGCCCAGUGGGUCGGCGCCAGCGAGCGCCCUCACCACAGGCCCCUGCCCAACUUCUUCCGCCGCGUCGACACCAUCAAGUGGUCCCGCAACCGGAUCAAGACCCUGACGCACCAGAUCAACAAGCUGCGUCGCGGCCUGCUCAAGGGCGAGGGCCGCCGCCUGCCCGCCGCCUUUGUCGAGUUCUCGUCCCAGGCCGACGCCGAACGCGCCUACCAGACCCUGGCACACAACCGCCCUCUGCACAUGUCGCCGCGUUACAUCGGCAUCCGCCCCGACGAGGUCGUGUGGACCUCCGUCCGCAUGCAGUGGUUCGAGCGCAUCGUCCGCGGCUUCGUCAUGCGAGCCGCCAUCACCGCCGCCAUCAUCUUCUGGUCUGUCCCCUCGGCCUUCGUCGGUGUCGUCUCCAACAUCAAGUUCCUGGCCAACCUGUUUCCUUUUCUCGUGUGGAUCACCGAGCUGCCGGGCCCUGUCACGGGUAUCAUCAGUGGUCUACUACCCGCGUUAGCGUUAUCGUUCCUCAUGGCGAUUGUACCGUGGCUUUUACGAGGCUGCGCCAGGCUCGCCGGGAUCCCGUCCCUGUCCCUGAUAGAGCUCUUCGUCCAGCACGCCUACUUCGCCUUCCAGGUCGUCCAGGUCUUCCUCGUCACGACCCUCACCUCGGCCGCCUCGGGCGCUCUCUCGCAAGUCAUCCAGAACCCUCUCUCGGCCAAGGACCUGCUGGCCGACAACCUGCCCAAGUCGUCCAACUUUUACAUCUCGUACAUCCUCAUCCAGUGCCUGGCCGUCGGCGCCGCCUCCCUCCUCCGCGUCUUUGACGUCUUCCGCCACCACAUUAUGGCCAAGGCCUUUGACAACCCCCGCGGUCUCUUCAGGAUCUGGCACAGGGAGCGCCCGGUCCAUUGGGGGGCCAUGUUCCCCGUCUUCACAAACAUGGGCGUCAUCGCCAUCAGCUACUCCUGCAUCGCGCCCGUUGUCCUCGGCUUUGCCACCGUCGGUCUGUAUUGCAUCUACCUCGUGUACAAGUACAACCUCCUCUACGUCAGCGACUCUUCCAUCGACACCCGCGGCCUCGUCUACCCCCGCGCGCUGAUGCACCUCUUAGUCGGCCUCUACCUCGCGACCAUCUGCCUCAUCGGUCUCUUCGCGUUGCGCUCAGCGUACCCUCCCAUGAUAACGAUGAUCGGCUUCCUCGUCUUCACGGCCCUGGUGCACAUCUCCCUCAGGGAAGCCGUCUCCCCCCUGCUCUACAACAUCCCGCGCGCCCUGGCCCUGGAGAUGGAAGAGCUCGACGGUGGCGAGUACCCCCAAGACAAUUUUCUGACCGACGCCGAUAUCACGGCGUCGUAUCCCGACUUUUUCGACCACAUCGAGGAGGAGGACGACGGCCCUGUACACCAAGUCAACGGGAACCGGGGCCUCGAGGGCGCAAGUGGCCUGAUGACCUCGGUGCACGACUGGUCCGCCAACGCUCUUAGCAAAAAGCUCCAGGCGACGGUCGAGAACUGGGGGCUGGCUGGUCCUAUCGCCUACGCCUCGCAGUGGAUAUACCCGGACCCGUCCGUCGAGCCCAACUUCCUCCUGCGCUGGCUUCACCCGGGCGUCUUUGACGACUUUUCCACCCUCCGGCGCAUGAUCCCCAGCGACCUCCCGGACCCCACGCAGACGUACCCCCCUGACUACGCCCGCCGUGCCUACUGGCCACCCGAGAUGGCGUCGCCGGCCCCGAUCAUAUGGAUCCCCAAAGACCCGGCCGGCGUGAGCAAGCAGGAAGUGGAGCACUGCCGCAAGGUCGUCGGGUGCUCGGACGAGGGUGCCGAGCUCAACGGCAAAUGCCGCAUAGAAGUUGAGGUUGAAAAGGCGCCUUUUUGGGUGCCGCGUGUUCUGUAUUAG